AUGAACACUCCCACUCUUGAUGGCGACAAGGCCCUUGCCGGAUGUUGGUACGGGACUACACUAGGAAACCCACAUCCGGUCUUAUACAAAAUGCAUCCUUUGUUAGUAUUAUCUGGAAUUCACUCGGCAACUUUUGUUCCACUGCAGGGUUGCUUUUCCCUUGUCUUCGCCGCUCCAAAAUGUGAAGACAAUUCCGAACAUUCCCACGGUCUUGAAGCAUUCCAGGAAUGGAAAGAAACGUUGUCUUUGAGUUCAAAGAUGGUACUGACUCACAUGCUACUAGUGUUUGAGAACGUGGCAAGACGGGAAUUGAGGACACCUGAUGUUGACCUUCUACACUUUUGGUGCGCUCCAGGUGAAGCAUACACCUUUCCAUGUCAACAAUGGAAAUGUUGCACAAUUAUUGAAAAUGAUAAAGCAUCUAAAGAAUACAUGAUAUUGCAUCCAAUGGUAUUGGAGUCCAAGGACAACAAGGGUGUGGAGGGAAGCGAAGCCCCUGAGGAGAACAAGGAAAAUGAAGCCUCCAGCACUCUGGAAGAGGAAGAAGACUCCAAUGAUGAUGACUCCAAUGAUGAUGAUGAUGAAGACAAUGAUGACAAUGAUGACGACGAUAAAAUAAAGGCCAAGGACAAGCACUCUUCGGAUAAAUCCUGGUCCAAAGAAGAUGAGGAUGAUAAACUCAAUGAAGAAGAAGGUAGCUGCCCAUUAACUAAAGUGACAACGGUUGUGUCCAAAACCGUUGAUCAAUACAAGGAGGAAUGGACCGAUAAGACCAUGAUUUUAUACGCUCUCUUUCAAAACGUAAUGAAAAAAAACAAGAAGACCUACCAGCAAGACUGCCAUUAUACCUUGAAUGCUUUACGCAAGACGAGCGCUUUCAAAGGGGCCAAGACUGAGAAGUUCUACCACGAUCAAAUUUCUGGUUUCCUGUUUUCCAAAUCCCAAGGCUUCUGCAAAUUCCAUCUUGUUUUUGAACCAGUUGAGACACUUUCGGCUGCUAUUGGUGAGAUGCAGAAACAGCUGCAGGCAAUAUCCAAAGACAAAAAGCUAUGCAGCAGCUACUUGAUCAAAUCCGAACAGGAGCCAAGUGACAAAUCAGGUGAGGAAACAGAUGAUGGUGAUUCCAGCUCUAGUUUGGACUCCUCUACCAGCCAGCCCUUCACCUUUUCUGGUGUUGAGAAAUAUCGUAAAGACACCAUGGAAAAGGUUGAGAUCACAUGGCUUUCCUUUCAGAUCAUCAAGUAUGUAUUCAGUCCCACUGCUGGUCCUUUAGGAGCUGUGCACGAGCAAAGCUUUUUGGUGUACUGCCAAAACAUGACGGCCGGCCGAUGCAAAACAAAGUCUGACAUUAUUAAGUUGUUGAGGGACAUUGGUGUUGUAUAUCACUGUCCGGAGCGGAUCCAGAAGUUCAAGACAGAGCUUGACAAAUUUUGGAAAGAUCCACAUGAUCCAUCUGCUGCAACUGCCUUUGCAGAACAAGUUGGAAAGUGGGCACUCCAAACUAAACCCUCGGAGUCCGUGGAUAUUAUGGCGGGGGAAAUGGAAAGAUCAGCAAAAAUCUUUUCGCGGAACAAGCAUUAUUCCAUCACCAAAGACGGACUGAAAAAGAACCAGAAAAGACCACGGGGGCUCUGGAAGUCAUUGGUUCUUGCCCGGAUUUUUUUCCUGUCUGUCAACUCUGAUCCUAGAGAAAUGAAGCGGAAAGGCAAGAACAUUCUCAAGAAAACAAUGACUUCAUUAAUGUUUGGCACCAUGGGACAACAGAAACAGGCGAGAGAAGAUUGUGAUGCAGCUGGCAAAGACAAAAAGGAGGACGAUGCCACCAAUGAAGAUGGUGAUGUAGAGGAUGGUGAAGAUGAUGACAAUGAUGAUGAUGUAGACAGCGACAAGGAUGAUGAUGAAGAUGACAGUGAUGACAAUGAUGAAGAUGCCAACAAGGAUGAUGAUGAAAAUGACAACAACAAUACUGCUGCUGGUGAUCCUGGAGUCCAAACAAGUGUCAUAAAAUCCCACACACAAGUUGGCAAUCUUGCUGUAUGCAACUUUGAGCAAAUGGAGGAUGUAUUCUCCAAAUUUAUUGUCCACACCCAACAAAGAAGCUACCGUCUCCACCUUGCGCCCUGCGAAAUUUAUUUGGGGAUGGAUUUCUCUUUCCAUCCUCAUAAACGAGAGGUCUAUGAAGACAAGGCUGAAAUGGAAAGUGAUCAAGGGGGUGAUUCACCCAUAUGGAUCAAGCACAGGGAUUUGUUGAAACGGGUUGAACAGCACUGGUCAUUCUUGGUGCAGACUCUAAUGUGUUGUGGGGUAGCAGACUGCAGUCGAGCACCUAUUGCAAGGCGACUUAGCUUGGGGGCGGGGGCCUUUUGCUAUGGUAGCAACAAUCGCCCGGAUCCUCACACUGGGUUCAAGCCCCUGGAUAAGUACUUCAAAGACAACCCAGUGGGAAGGCAAUUGUUUCUCAGCGUCAUUGGUGACUUGACUAAAAUGGUGUGGGCCUGUAGCCAAGGCAUGCAAAUAGCCGCGGGGAUGCCACUGUUAGGAGGCGACCUGAUCCGAGAUUCCGCUUAUGCAAAGCAGCUUCGGCAUGACCUGCAGAUUGAGUCUGGAGAUUGGUCCCAUUCUCAGUUUUCGAUGGUUCCCCAAUUCAAAAAAGUCACACCUUCGGCUGAACUGAUAUCAGAAUUUCCGCACCAUCAUCUACACAAGGAUCUGGCCAAUCCCGUUCCCACAGGUGACAUUGGAUUUGAUACUUGCAAGUACCAAUACAGCAAGUCGGCAGCUUUCAGUGUGACACUGGCCAACGCUGAAGAUCCGUCAAAGAAGUAUCUAUUCCAAUUACUUUGCUACUUCCGGAAUUUCAUUAGCUGUGAAUCCCAAAGGAUUAGCAGUUCAAAUCAGUUGUUGGCCAAAUCAGCAACCUGUCAGCUUGUUGAAGUCCAAAGACAUCUAACUCGGAACUUCCAUAAGCAUUUGGCUUACAACAAGAUUCCUUCAAUUGGGAACAUGGAGCACUACUUUCUCUCACAGUGUUUGCCAGGUAAUCUUGUGGAACUCCAGGUCCCAAAGCUUCACUUUGGAUCCAUCAUUGAGGAUCGUCAUCUGAUGAGCAGCUGUGCUUGGAAGCCACCCGCCGACGAAAGGAGAGGGUGGCUAGAUUGGCCAAUGUUGAGGUACUCUGGUGUUGAUGAGAUCUUUGGCAAAGAUCCGCAAUUGGUCAAAGGCGAGGCAGAAGAUAGAACCUGUGUCUUGGUUGGUCUCUUGAUUGAGCACUGUGCAUGGAUCAACAGCAUUGGAAACAAAGAAGGUGGUCGUCAGUGGUUGUCUCCAGAAGACCUAAACCUUGGAUUCCUGCAGAAUGUGAUGAUAAAACGAUGCCAGCAGAUGGAAUUGAUCUGGAAGCAUCCAUUUCGAAUCGAUGACCUGCUACAUUUCACUCGAUUGGCCAUCUCGGUGAGAUUGAUAAAGCCUGGAAAGCACCUGAAACAUGUAUUCUUCCCAACAUCAACAAGCAACCAGCUGAAGGUUGGGAGCAGAGAAGUAGCUUUGGAAGGAAACAAUAUCAAGAAAAUCCUCCAAAUUGUUUCCACACAAAUGGGAUUGGAAAGUUACAGAAGAGACAUUUCUAGUAUUGUUCUGGAUACGUGCAUCUCUCUGUCACAACAAACAUUGGAAGAUGACACCAACCCAGACAGCACUGAUGUUGACAAUGAGAUGGGGAAAUUUCCCUCCCACUUUCCGGAGGUAUAUCCAAACAGCUCUUGGUCCCUGUAUGACUUGAAUGAAGAGGGGCAGAUUUGUCAGAAAAUCUGCGGUUCCAAGGACAAUCAAUGGAACGUUCUCGAAGAUAUUGAUGACUGGCUACAAGAAGAGUUCUAUGAUGAUGAGAACGAUUUGAAUUUAUAUGGCAUGCCAUACAAGGGGAAGUGGAAAUGGCUGAAAGAUAAUGACUAUCAACUGCAAAAAAUGACAUGCUUCCUUCCUAUCUAA